AUGAAUACUCAUGGACUAGACCGAUACUUAGGAGUUCUUGAAGAUAAGAACAGUAAUGUCCUUAAAAAAGAAAUUAUGGGGAAAAAUUAUGAUGAGUGUUUGAAGGACAUUGAAGUUAAUGUUAAUGAAUCUGCAGGGUGGCUAGUUCAUGGAAACAACUCUGCAAGAACUGAAGGAAUGUGUUGUGUACUACAAGAUCAAAAUUUGUUUUUUGAUAACGGAGAAAAUAAAUGCAAUCAUUGCAACUCAGCAAAGAAGACUGUUGAUCACCUUGCUACCAGAUGUGGACGAAUGCUGAACAGCUCUUAUCUAAGACGGCAUAAUGAAGUUGUCAAAUGUCUACAUUUUCAUUUAUGCCGCCAAUACGGGAUAAGAAAAACGAAGAAAUUAAAAACUUAUUCAGUUCAAUCUGUUGUCGCCAAUGAAGUUGUGGAAAUUCGAGUGGACACAACUAUUUCUACGGAUACGGCUGUUUCAAACAAUAAACCAGAUAUUUUUGUCCAUGACAAGAUGAGGAAUACAAUUACACUCAUUGAAGUUGGGAUUACCUCACAAAAUUUCCUAAAGCAAGUUGAAGUGGAAAAGUUCCACAAAUAUGAUUUUUUGGCAAAUGAAUUAGGGGCGAUUCAUCGGGCUAAAGUGAAGAUAAUCCCUUUUGUACUUACUUGGGAUGGAAUUGUCUCAAGAAUCUUCAAAAGUCAUCUGGAUUCUAUCGCAGUGGAAGACAGAGUGGCGGCAUAUAUUCAAACACUCGGUUUAAGAAAAACAUUGGAGAGUAUGCAGGUGGAGACAAGACAUGGAAUAUCGGUUUCCGAAGAGGAGCAAGCAGUGAUUGAAUGUCAACCGAAGGAUAAUUCUGAAUCAGGAAUACGAGUGGACGAAGACCUCUAUGUACCGACUAUGAUAGUUGGGCAUAAGAGACGAAGAUCGUUCUAA